AUGCAGCGGGUUGGUCGACGAAAGUUGUUUGUCACUGGUCUGGGUAUCAUGUUCACGGUGCUGAUGCUGGUGGGUUUCCUGGGUAUUCCGAGCCACACAUCUCCCGGACUGAGCUAUUCGUCCGCCGCUUUCCUCCUUAUCUUCAUGUUUACCUACGAUCUUACCGUCGGCCCCGUCACUUAUUGUCUCAUCGCAGAGAUUCCGUCUACCCGCCUUCGGAUCAAGAGUGCAGUCCUCGCUCGUAACUGCUACAACAUCGCUAGUAUCUGUGCCAACUUCCUGAAUCCUCCUAUUCUCAACCCCACCGCCUGGAAUCUAAAGGGCAAAGGAGGCUUUGUCUGGGCACCUCUCUGUCUGAUCUGCUUUCUGUGGUCGUUCUUCCGCCUGCCGGAGCCCAGGGGUCGCACCCCCACUGAGCUCGAUAUUCUGUUUGAGAAGAAGAUUUCAGCUCGCAAGUUCUCAGAGUUUGAGGUUACUCCGUUCCGCUCGAAUAAUUUCGAGGUUGUAUCCGAGACUGCUGCUCUUACUGAGAAGCUUUAG